UUUUUCGCUUCGAAAGCUCGGUUGAAAACCUCGCGAGGGGUCGUGUGGCCAACCUGCGGCUCGACAGCGAAGUAGGUAAAGCAAACAGGCAUAGAGGACAGUACAGGACAGGACUGGAUAGGACAAGACGGUAAACGAAACGAACGUCACAGUCACGUCGCGUGAAGAAUGACAUUAAAAAUUUAUAGCCUCGGUAUUGUCAAACGAAAAUAACACGAGUGCAUCAUUUUAAAUUGCGUAACACUGUUGAUGGGUUAAUCGAGUAAAUAAAAGGAGAGAAAUAUGGAUGUGGACAACGAAUUCGAUCAAAAUUUGCUUCAACAGUUCAGCUGUCUGGGUACGACGGACAAAGAUGACCUGGUGAAACAGCUUCAGAGGUUAUUGGCUGGUAGCCACCUCAACGAAGCAACGGCAGCCUUUUUCUUGGAUAUGAAUAAUUGGAAUCUUCAAGCAGCAAUAUGUAGCUACUUUGAUUUUGAAUCCUCAUUCAAACUACCUUCAAUGGGUUUGAUAUGCGACUCUACCAUUGGCGAGGGUGAAUCCGUCCCUCCUAAUACAAAGUUUCGCAAAUCUUGGCAAGUGCAAAAUACAGGAACUGAAGCUUGGCCUGAAGGAGUUUGUCUACAGCAUACAGGCGGAGUCAAAAUGGGAGAUUCCAGCCCUGUCGCUGUUCCUUGCGUAGCACCAAAGACUACACUCGAGCUGAGCGUGGAAUUAGUGAGUCCGGCACAACCUGGAGUUUACCAAAGCAAAUGGAGAAUGGCAACGCCAACCGGCUCCUACUUUGGUGAUGUAAUUUGGGUCAUAAUAACUGUGUGCGAAGGAGGCACAUUGGCAGUCACUCAACAGUUACACCAAUUAAGUACUUCGCAGGCCAAUGACGUCCAAAUGUGCUAGCCUUUGUUCUCUUGUCUGCAAUGCUUGAAUUGUUGAUGAGAAACGAAAAUGUCCAGAAAUAUCAUCUGUUUAAUUUGCUCAUAUGGCUAUGGAAUUUUUAUUACGGUUUAUCACACAUUUGUCCUCAAGUUUUGACCUUAUUUAAACUGCGAUCUGUCAGUCUCCAAACUUGUAAUUCCAUCUCAAGGUAUCAAUUUUAAUUUCACCGAGGGGAUUGUCACUAAUUUUCACAAGCGUGAUCAAUCUAUGUUUCUAAAUUCCUGUCUUUAAUAAUGUAAGGGCUAAUCAAAUUCGUACACUUGGUUACUGUUCAAUGAAACCUGUAAUUUUGAAAACUUGAGAUUCGUUAUACUUACAGUAUGUUCGCAUGUGCUUCGGUUUUUUAAAGGUGUAUCUCUUCUUCAAGAUAAUUCAAAGUAAUUGUAAAAUGUAAUUAUGAAAUGAGAUUUGUAUACUUGAGUGAUUUUCACUAAGUCUUAAUACAUAUUAAGAAAUGAGUUUAUUAAAUAUAUAAUUUUUAUUAAGAAAUAAAAUAUACAUGAAA